ACCUUGCUACCAUUCCUGUUUCCAAAACUCUCCAUUAAUAAUGUUGGAUUAAAUGCAUAUGCAAGAUUAUUCACACAAGAUCAAAUUCAUUUUAAAGUAGGACCAGUAAGACUAAGACAGCUACGAGUUAAAGAAGAUUCUUGCCCUGAGUCCGUCCUGUUGAACAUUACAACACUUUGUUAUGAAAAAUAUUCGCUGAUAGCGGAAGAUGAAGACAGUUAUUGUGUUGGAUGGAAAAGUCCUCCCUGUGCAGCUGACGAAUCGGCGUACCAAAUAUCGUCUGCUUCGUGGAAACACGUGUCAUCUUCAGAUAUAUGGGGUCUUCCAAUCGCAGGAAAGCAUGCACUUUACAGCGGAGGCGGAUUUAUAGCUGACAUGUUUGUAAACUUGCAGAUAUCUAAUCAAAUGAUAGAGGAAUUAUUGAAAUAUUCAUGGAUUGAUCGCAAGACACGAGCUAUUUUCAUUGAAUUUACACUGUUUAAUGUAGAUGAGAAUGUGUUUAUACAUAUAACUUUGCUAAGUGAGUUUCCAGAAACUGGAGGAGUAUUAACUUCACAUGUUAUUAAACAGUUUAGACCUUAUCAACAUGUCGGCGGUGUAGGAAUACUAACUUUUAUAGGCGAAAUUAUAGCUGUUAUUAGUAUUUCCAUAUUUUUCGUAAAGAAGAUCAUCUAUUUGCAUCGUACUGGAAAGAAGUCAUUACAGAAUAUUUGGAAUAUAUUAGAUAUAGUGAUCAUUGCUCUUUUUUUCCUAUGUACAAUAACAUAUAUUGGAAGAUUGAUAAAUAUAAGCCGUUCCAUGGAUAAAUUUCAGAGAAACAAACUAAAAUUUGUAAAUUUCAGCCAUAUUGUAUUAUGGGAUGACCUAUUCAAUAUUUUCUUAGCAUGUGAUAUAUUUUUCAUUACGCUGCGAUUAAUGAGAAUACUGAAUUUCAACAACAGAAUAAACCAUAUGGGGUACAUUUUCUCUCACGUGAGCAAGGACGUUUCAGGUUGUUUGUGCAUGUUUGUGGUCGUACAUCUAGCAUUUGUCUGUUUUGGUUACCUUAUCUUCGGACGACAAUUAGAAACAUAUAAAAACAUGUUUGUGGCUGCCACGACGCUAACAAAUGCUAUUAUUGGUAAAAACACAAUAAAUGAUUUGUUUGUCACAGAACCAAUUCUUGGUCGCUUGUAUUAUUUCAUGUUCGUGGUUUUUCUUUUAUGGGUUAUAAUGACGAUGCUGAACGCAACUUUAAAUGUGGGAAUAUCUAAAGCGAAAAACAACUUUAUAAAAAAAUCUUCAGUCAUUAAUGCUAAACAUAUGUGGAACUUGGUUGCGGAAGCAAUAGAAGUCUUCAUACCAUUCGACAUACUGCGUAAGAAAAGAACAAACCUUCAACGAUAUAAGGUAACAAAGGAUGCAUCAUUCAUCACUGAAGAGAUAUAUCAAGAAAAACGUGAACCGGUUAUAUAUUUUGAUAACUAUUAGAUUUAUAUAGUAGUGCAUUUGAAUUAAAUAGUGAACUAAUCUUCACUUCAAAUGUUCAGUGCUUAUCAAAAUGAUACUUUAAUGGACUAUAAAACCUGUAUUUAAAAUAUUUGCAUGUGAAUACGAUAUAUAUCUUUUAAAUUGUUUGGAGUACA